UUCAGUGCCAAAGAGCCGCAACUCACAGUGACCGAGUUCCAUCUCUCCCGCUCCCUCUCUCUCUCUCUCUUCUGACUUUCUCUCUCUACGGCGGAGAAAUGGCGAUCGAGAGGCGAAAAGCACCGAAUCUGCUGCUCUGUCUCGCUCUCUCGUCUCUGGUUGUGAUUGCCUCGGCCGGAGUCUUCUUCGAGGAGCGCUUCGAAGAUGGCUGGGAGAAGCGAUGGGUUAUAUCAGAUUGGAAGAGAGAUGAAAACAUGGCUGGAGAGUGGAACUAUACAUCUGGUAAAUGGAAUGGAGACCCUAAUGACAAAGGUAUCCAAACAAGUGAAGACUACAGGUUCUAUGCUAUAUCUGCUGAGUAUCCUGAAUUCAGCAACAAAGACAAGACACUAGUCUUCCAAUUCUCUGUUAAGCAUGAGCAACAGCUUGAUUGUGGUGGUGGCUACAUGAAGCUUCUUAGCAGAGAAGUUGAUCAAAAGAAAUUUGGUGGUGAUACUCCUUACAGUAUCAUGUUCGGACCUGAUAUCUGUGGCCACAGCACCAAGAAAGUCCAUGCCAUUCUGAAUUAUAAAGAGACUAACCACUUGAUCAAGAAAGAAGUGCCAUGCGAGACUGAUCAGCUCAGUCAUGUUUAUACCUUUGUCCUUCGCCCAGAUGCUACCUACACUAUCCUGAUUGACAAUGUCGAGAAACAAUCUGGUAGCUUGUACUCUGACUGGGAUCUUCUUCCACCGAAGCAGAUUAAGGAUCCUGAGGCCAAGAAACCUGAGGACUGGGAUGACAAGGAGUAUAUUGAUGACCCGGAAGACCAGAAGCCAGAGGGAUACGAUGAAAUCCCAGAAGAGAUCCCGGAUCCUGAUGCCAAGAAGCCUGAAGACUGGGAUGAUGAGGAGGAUGGGGAGUGGACAGCCCCUACCAUUCCCAACCCUGAGUACAAAGGUCCAUGGAAGCCAAAGAAAAUUAAGAACCCCAACUACAAGGGGAAGUGGAAGGCACCAAUGAUUGACAACCCAGAGUACAAGGAUGACCCUGAACUGUAUGUCUACCCCAACUUGAAGUAUGUCGGAAUUGAACUGUGGCAGGUGAAAUCUGGAACCAUGUUCGACAAUGUCUUGAUUUGCGAUGAUGUUGAGUAUGCGAAGAAGUUUGCUGAGGAAACAUGGGGCAAGAACAAGGACGCUGAGAAGGCAGCUUUUGAUGAGGCAGAGAAGAAGAAAGAGGAGGAGGAAGCCAAGGAAGACCCAAUUGAUUCUGAUAUUGAGGAUGAAGAUGACGACGCUGAGGCUGACGACGCUGGAGAUGAUUCUGAUGCUGAAACAAAAACUGCUGACGCCAAGGAGGAGGAUGAUGUUAAGGACGAGCUAUAGUCCAGGACUCGAGAGCAAUAUGCUGACCCAUCUCUAAGCUUGACGUCUCCGAGAUUUUUCGUGUUUCCUCCGAAUAUUAUUGAGUUGUAAUGAACUGUUUUAUUAGGAUAAGAAAAGCUGUAGGAGUAGUGGGCAUUCUGAAGUGGUGAGUGGUGACCUAUUGAGUUCUUGCGUCGUUCACUGCUUUUAAGCCACUUUCAGAAGAAUCAAGAGAACAUGGUCUUGUUAUAAACAUCAGUUCGAGGAAGCAGUUCUUGGCAA